CCAUCGAACAUAUUUCUAGUUUCGGUUUCCUAGUAUAGUGAACAGGUAAGUUUAGGUUAUCUCCAUAAAUAAAAUGGCAACCCGUAGAAAGUUUGGUAGAUCACAGAUUGUUGCGUCUGAUGCGUACCAUGACUUUUCAUGCUCCCCAUGUUCGGAAGAUGGAAAAGAUACGGAGGCAUUCUAUCAUUGCAGCAUAUGUCAGGCUUUUUAUUCAAUUUGCCAGAGAUGUGUUAAUUUUUACAAAAAGUUUACCAGAAAUCACAGUGUAACUGACAAUACUUUGGCGACACAGUCUUCCAACAAUUUGCCGACUGAUGUAUGUGAGGAACAUGAUGGGGAGGUUAUGAAAAUGUUUUGCAGACACCAUGAUCAUGUGUGCUGUACCUUUGAUAUCGCUGUGAAACACAGGUCAUGUAGAGGGGUAGAAUAUAUUCCAAAUAUUGCAAGAGGAUUGUUGAUGAGACAGGGACAGGAGAGGACCAAGCGUUCUCUCAACAAAGUAAAGGCCGAUCUGAAAGACCUGAAGUCUAAAACGAAGGAUGAUCUCAAAUACUUAGAUAAGCAGCGGGAUAGUGUCAUUGACGACUUAGAAGAUUUCAAGAGGCGAAUUAUUGCUAGAGUUAAUGAACUGGAGAGGAAGUCACUAAAAGAGAUAAGGUCUAAAUAUAAAGAGCUGGCAGACAACCUAAAGACAUACAACAAGAAGAUUGAUGAACUUCUGAAAGCUAUUGAUACACGGCUGUACAAACUAACAAAUUCUAAGGAUGACAAUGAAGCCCAGACGUUUGUUAACGUGAAGAAUGCAGAGAAGGAGUUAUCGGAGGGAAAUGACCUCGUCAAACAAAGUCCUUUAAGAGAUGCAAAACCCAUGACAUUUAAGAUAAAAACAGACAUUGAGGAGUACCUAAGUACAGAGGAAUCUCUUGGGUCACUCAAAGAAUACGGUAGUGUGAAUAUUGUAUGUCCUGUUGAAACACGGAUAACUAGCGCAUUUAUAAGUGAGCUUCAAUCACAAAUGCAGAGCUAUGAUAUACAGUUAGAAUGCGUCAAGGCUUCCGAGACAGUUGCAGGUCGUUACACAAUUGUACUGUGUGAGUUCGGCUUCGAGAGAGAAGCACUGACACGUACUACAGGUAUCCAAGACAAUACAAUCAUACUGAUGAAACUGUGUAAUGAACGGCAAACAUAUGCAUUAUUUCAUUCUAAAAGAAAUGUUAAAGCAAACUUUUGGAUUGAUUAUGCAGAACGUAGGGAUGACAAGUCUAUUUCAUUUGCAUUUGAACGGAACAAAACCAGAUACGAAUCAGUUUCAGAAUUGGCCAAAAUGAAUUACAAAACGCCAGGAGACACUUGUUGCAAGAGAAGUUCCACUAAUUGCACUACAUACAAGAAAAAAUCAAUUGCAUGACAAUCCAGGAAACAUUAAUUGUACGACAAGCCAGGAAACAUUUAUUCCACGGCAAGGCAAGAAACAUCAAUUGCACGAAAAGCCAGGGAACAGCAAAUGCAGGACAAUACAGGAAACAUUAAUUGCACGGCAAUUGAGGAAACAUCAAUUGAAUGACAGACCAGUAAACAUCAAUUUCACGACAAAGGAAAUAUCAAUUGUGCGGAAAUCUAGGAAACAAUUAUUCCAUUUAAUGACAAAGAAGCAAUUUCAUUACCGACAGCGAAAUUCAGUUGAACAUCAUUUUGUGUAAGAAAUAGUAAAUGCUUUGAUCAAUUAAGCCGUUACUGGCCGAGUGUAGAAUAUGCGAGUUUUAGGGAGUUUGACUGCUGGACUUUUAAGUGUGAAUAGUUCUUAUGUUUACAAUUUUAUUAUAAUGUAUCAAGAUGGUAACUUUUUCAGCUUUACACUAUACUGUAUAUGAAAACAAACUGUCGGAAAAUUCAAAUUAACUACAUCUUUAAAACAAAAAGUUCAGGAACAUAAUACGUAAUAUCAAUAUAAGUAUAUAUGUUAAUACUGUGUUUGACAGUCUGUCUUGCUUACAUAUAUUUGUUUGUGAAAGUAUAUGAAACUAAUUUCCAUAUGACGAAAUAAUCACAGGAUUAGUAAAAAGUAAGAAGAUUUCGUUUGUUUUGUAUAUAAUGUAGUAAUUCUACUAUGUAUGGAUGUUCCGUGUAUGAAAAAUAUAUAUUAACAAUUAAUGUAAAUCAGUAAAUAAAUAAUUUUGAAUGAAAAUUA